GCCUUCAGCCAGUAGUAAGUAUGGCCGCAUCUACUUCCGCCAGGCCAGGGGGGGGUCAAGGGUAACGCGAUGGCGGCGCCCAUAAGCGGCUAAGGCGUGGAGCGGAGGAUGCUGGCGGCGGCCGGGACUCUUCUGGGGCGACGGCUGAGGUGGUCGGCACCGGCCCGCGAGCACUGGAGAGCGGCCGGGAGCUCACGGAGCCGGCGUGAGGCGGCCGAGGCCGAGGCGGACGCGCCGGUGUUCCAGUAUGUGGGCGAGCGCGCGGUCCGCGCCGAUCGAGUCUUCGUAUGGGGCUUCAGCUUCUCGGGGGCUCUCGGAGUUCCCAGCUUCGUGGUGCCGGCCUCGGGGCCCGAACCCCGCGCUGGGCUGCGGCCCCGACGCAGGAUCCAGCCGGUACCUUACCGCCUGGAGCUGGACCAUAAGAUUUCCUCUGCUGCCUGUGGCUAUGGAUUCACACUGCUGUCCUCCAAAACCAAGGACAUUACGAAAGUUUGGGGCAUGGGACUCAACAAAGAUUCUCAACUUGGAUUCCACAGAAGCCGGAAGGAUAAAACCAGGGGCUAUGAGUACGUUUUGGAGCCUUCGCCUGUCCCGCUACCCCUCGACAGACCUCAGGAGACAAAGGUGUUGCAGGUGUCCUGCGGCCGAGCACACUCCCUUAUCCUGACAGACCGAGAAGGUGUCUUCAGCAUGGGGAACAAUUCCCACGGGCAGUGCGGACGGAAGGUGGUGGAGGAAGAAGUGUACAGUGAGAGUCACAAAGUGCACAAGAUGCAGGACUUUGAUGGACAGGUGGUUCAGGUUGUCUGUGGUCAGGACCACAGCCUGUUCCUCACAAACAAAGGGGAAGUCUAUUCUUGUGGAUGGGGUGCCGAUGGACAGACAGGCCUGGGUCACUACAACAUCACCAGCACACCCACCAAGCUGGCCGGAGACCUUGCUGGGGUGACAGUUGUUCAGGUUGCCACCUACGGUGAUUGCUGCUUGGCUGUGUCCUCGGAUGGAGGUGUCUUUGGCUGGGGAAAUUCUGAAUACCUGCAGCUGGCCUCGGUCACAGACUCCACUCAGGUUAAUGUCCCUCGGUGCCUGCCUUUCUCUGAAGUAGGCAAGGCGAAGCAGGUGGCUUGUGGUGGCACGGGCUGUGCUGUAUUGAAUGAAGAAGGACAUAUCUUCGUCUGGGGCUACGGAAUUCUUGGGAAAGGACCAAACCUCUUGGAAACGGCUCUUCCAGAAAUGAUUCCACCUACGCUCUUUGGCUUGACAGAGUUCAACCCCGAUGUCCAGGUUUCCCAGAUCCGAUGUGGUCUUAGCCAUUUUGCCGCACUUACCAAUAAGGGGGAACUGUUCGUGUGGGGCAAGAAUAUCCGAGGGUGCUUGGGAAUCGGACGCCUUGAAGACCAGUAUUUCCCAUGGAGGGUGACGAUGCCCGGUGAGCCUGUGGACGUGGCAUGUGGUGUGGAUCACAUGGUAACUCUGGCCAGGUCAUUCAUCUGAAUCUCCUUCCGGGCCCAUCCCAGGCUGGCCCCAGAGUCUGAACUAUACCGACAGCAACAGCUUGGCAGAGGCAAGGUGUGGCCACCAGCAGAGCUUCUGAGGAUGCUGGGAGAGGGCCAGGGCCUGUGUGGAGCAGGGGGCUUACUUUGUGUCCAGUGGGGACGUAAUAGGAGUCUGUGGACAAGACCUUUCCCUGCUGCUGAGGCUCCUGGCCUGGUGUGCUCCUGAGGAGUACCAGGGCAUAAGGCCCUAGGAUGGCAGGCUUUUCUUAGGGGACGUUUGUUAUUCGUGGCACAUUGGAGACAUGACAAGGCAUUCAGGAGAAUCUGUAGUCCCCUGUCACAACAGGACACACUUGGGCCUCUGGCUGGCCCAGCUCAGCAGGAGAGCCAGCUAACUUCAGCUAGGGCCUCUUUGAUCAGCUGCCACCCCACAAGCUCCCCAGGACACAGUCCGGGAGCCCAGAAUGUCAUGGCUUGAGACCCUUUAUGGAGCAGCCAGUGUGAGCCAGCCUCCCCCAUGGGUCUACAGUAUCCCAGCCUUGGAGCCAUCUCUCUGCCUGGCUCUGAACUGUCCAGAAGCCCCUGAAGAAAGAGGCUGCAGGCCAAAUGCUUGUGGGCUGAGGGCUGUGGAAUCUUGGCUGGAGGGCCAGUCUUGGAGUAGGAAGCAUCAGAAACUGGGAAAAUACUUGUUUUUA